CCGGCACCGGUGGUCGCUGCAGAUCUCCGCUCCUUCCCCGGCCCGCAGCGCAGCCUCCGCCAGGCCCCGCCGGCCCCUCGGACCAUGGCCAACGCCGAGCGCACCUUCAUCGCCAUCAAGCCGGACGGCGUGCAGCGCGGCCUGGUGGGCGAGAUCAUCAAACGCUUCGAGCAGAAGGGGUUCCGCCUCGUGGCCAUGAAGUUCCUCCAGGCCUCUGAGGAACUCCUGAAGCAGCACUACAUAGACCUGAAAGACCGCCCUUUUUUCCCGGGGCUGGUGAAGUACAUGAACUCCGGGCCGGUUGUGGCAAUGGUCUGGGAGGGCCUGAAUGUUGUGAAGACCGGCCGAGUGAUGCUUGGGGAGACCAACCCAGCAGACUCCAAGCCUGGCACCAUUCGUGGGGACUUCUGCAUUCAGGUUGGCAGGAACAUCAUUCAUGGCAGUGAUUCAGUAAAAAGUGCUGAGAAAGAAAUCAGCCUAUGGUUUAAGCCCGAAGAAUUGGUGAGCUACAAGUCCUGUGCUUUUAACUGGAUCUAUGAAUGAGAGGUAGACAAAGUCCCUGGAGCGUCCCUGGACACAGCUCUUCAUUUUGCUUGGAAGCAAUAGGAUCUAUCUUUUCUUAAGCAUAUUUACCAAUAAAGCUUUUGGAAACUGGGUGCAGCCUCCUGUGCUUAUUUGAUUCUAAACUGG